CUGUCACCCGCCUCUGCUGGCAGACCUCCAUGCCUCCUUCCAUCCGACCUAUUUCACAGCUCAAGGACAACUCACUCAAGACAAAAUCGCGAUUCUCGAGUUCUUCUCUCGUGUUAAAAGAGCGAACACACAAGAUAUUGCUAACCCACCCAGCGCACGCUCAGCACUGGCCAAAGCUUUCCGAGUUUCCUCCCAGCUCAGGAAUGGUUGAUUUAGCAGCCGCCCUCACAGACACAGCUCUUAGGAUACGGACACUGCGAUAGAGGAUUAAACCAGCGGCGUGCAGAGUGAUGCCUCCAACGCUCAAUCGGUUCCCAAGCGGGCCGGCGACCAUUUCGCCCUACCACCAGCAGUUCCCUUCCCACGGCCAACACUCAACGACUCAUCCCCCGCCCUUGACCGCCAACCCGUCCUACCUUAAUCCCAACUCCCAGAUCAACGCCUUUACAGCGAAUGGAAAUUUGUUAAGUUUGGCGGGGGGGCUGAACUCUGGCGGUGCGUUUGGCAUCGGUGUCGGUGUCGGCAACGAAUCGGGACUUGCGAGCCACGCCGCGCGCAUGAGCUUCGCCCAUGCCGGUAACCUCCAACAACAGCAGCAGCAGCACGCCCAGCAGCAAAGCCAUGUGCUGGGCGAGCACCAGACAAGGAGUCAGGCCAAGAGCCGGAUACGCGAAGUGUGGAAACACAACCUGCACGAGGAGAUGGCGACCCUGCGCGACCUGGUGGACAAAUACCCGUAUAUUGCCAUGGAUACCGAGUUCCCGGGCGUCGUGUCGAGGCCAAUGGGCGGUUUCCGGGGCAAAAGCGACUACCACUACCAGUGCUUGCGGACGAACGUGGAUAUGCUGAAGGUCAUCCAAAUAGGUCUGACCUUGUUCAACGAGGCUGGGGAGACACCUCCUGCGAGGCCGAAUUCCUCGGACUCGACAGAGCUGACUGGAUCCGGGCGGAGAGGCGGCAAUACCGGGCCAUUCCCCUAUGCCUGGCAGUUCAACUUCAAAUUCUCCCUGAAGGAUGACAUGUUCAACCAGACGUCCAUCGAAUCUCUGCAACAAGCAGGGAUCGACUUCGCUCUGCUCGAGCGGGAUGGAAUCGACCCUCACGAAUUCGCCUCCCUCCUGAUCCCGUCCGGGCUGGUGUGUUUCGACAACGUACGGUGGAUCAGCUUUCACGGGGGCUACGACUUUGGCUACCUGACAAAACUCUUGAUAUGCCGGCAGCUCCCCAACGACGAGGUCGAAUUCGACCAGAUCAUGAAGCUCUACUUCCCCUCUACGUACGACGUCAAGCAUCUCAUGAAGCACGCCAUCAAGCUCCACAACAGCGGCAUGCUCACCCCGAGCGAUCCCAGCUCAGCCGAGAUCCUCCAGAAGUUUGAGCACAAGUCCGGCCUCGAGCACAUCGCCGAGACCCUCAAGAUCAAGCGCGUCGGCAGCGCGCACCAGGCCGGCUCGGACAGCCUGAUCACGGGGAGGGUGUUCUUCGCCCUGCGCGAGAAGAUCUUCAACGGCGAGAUCUCGGACGACCACCUGGGCAAGGUCUGGGGCCUCGGCAUCCCCGACUUCUCCCUCGUGGGCAUGACCAUCGGUGCCGGCCAGGCCGAGAACACCCCGUCCAACAACAACAACGGCCAGAACGGCACGCAGAACGGCGCGCCGAGCACACCCAACACGGCCAACGUCGGCCUCGCGAGCACGCCCGCCGCCCAGUCGCACAACACCAACGGCAUGAGCGGCCUUGGGCCAAUGACGCCCGGCGGCGGGGGCGGCGUCUUUGGCGCGUUUGCGUUUGGCGGGAAUGCGAGGUAAAAAGGGCUCGGGGGCGACGGCGGGGUGGGGAUGCUACUUCCAACAAGGCGGGGGUUUUCAGACGACUUAUUAUCUCUCGGG